AUGCCUGCUCCGUUCGUACGCCACUCUGAAGUCGAUGUUCUCAUUAUUGGCGCUGGCCCUGCUGGGCUCAUGUGCGCGAAUGCUCUGGCAAAUGCGAGAGUGGAUGUUCGGAUUGUCGAUCAAAGGGCUUCCAAAGUAACCACUGGUCGGGGUGAUGGAAUUUCACCUCGCACUACUGAACUUUUGCAGAGUUAUGGACUUGCAGAGCGCUUUCUAAGGGAGUCUUGCCAACUCCAUCUAGCGGCCUUCUACAAUCCUUCUUCGACUGGCGGUAUUGAGUUUACGAACAGAACAUCAGACGUGACAGCACCGUCUGUCAGAUACCCAUUCGAGCUUGCGCUCAAUCAAGGAGCCAUUCAAGACAUUUUCUUAGAUUCCAUGACACCGCUCGGUGUUGAGCUCUCCAAGGAUGAAAACGAGCUGACUGAUCCUACGUCAUAUCCGGUUCGCGUUGAUGAACCACAAGAAGAAAUUGUCCACGCUAAAUUUGUUGUCGGUGGUGAUGGCGCUCACUCAUGGAUCCGCAAACAAUUCGAUGUUACGAUGGAUGGAGAACAGUCUGAUUCCAUCUGGGGUGUUGUGGACAUGGUCGCGCCUGACACUGACUUCCCGGAUAUUAGGAACAAGACCCUCAUACGUUCUAACCAUGGCUCAGUUUUUGUCAUACCUCGAGAACAAGAUCGAACUCGCAUAUAUGUACAACUGGAGGACAAAGAUUUUAUCAAUCCAGUGACAGGCAGGCCAGACAAGGAAAAAGUGGGUCCAGAGCAGAUUCUUGAAACUGCCCAAAAAUCGCUUGAACCUUACAAGCUUAUCCGGAAGAGUGAAUUUGUGUGGUGGACAAUAUAUAGCGUUGGACAACGAGUAGCCUCACAGUUUUCCAUCAAAAAUCGAGUAUUUAUCGCUGGCGAUGCUUGCCACACACACUCUCCGAAAGCAGGACAAGGGAUGAACGCAGCUAUCAACGAUAGCCAUAAUCUAGGUAUGUCUUCUUUUCCUGUUGUUCGUGGGUGGGCGGACAUGGCCCUUUUGUCAACGUACGAAUCAGAGCGCCGUAAAUUCGCAUUAGACCUGAUCGCGUGGGAUAAAACUCCCUUGACUGAGCAGAACAGCGAUGGGGUUUCGCCCGAACAUGUCUUGAAGACUUUCCAAACAGACUUCACCAGUGGCGUCGGGAUACAUUAUCAACCUUCAAUUGCACAUGGUCUCGUCCUCGGUAAACGUGUCCCUCCAUACAAAUUCAUGCGUGCAGCAGACGCAUGUCCAUUCGAGCUCCAGGACCUUCUUCCUUCGGACUUCCUCUUCAAGUUACUUGUCUUCACCUGGGUUGAGUCGAUGGUCACGGACAUGCAGAAACCCGAGAGCUUUCUGAAGCGUUACUCGACGCCUGGGAACUCACGAUUUGACAUCAUCACGAUCAGCAAAGGCCGGAAGGAAACAUUCAAUUUCUUGCGGACUCCCCUACGCUUCUUCGCUCUCAUUGGUCAAACUUCGGGGGAGAAGGUUACUCAGUAUUAUGGAGUGGGACCUGAGGGCGCUCUAGUUGCUGUUCGUCCUGAUGGCUAUGUUGGAGCCAUCGCGCCACUUGAUCGCGUUGGGGGCCUUGAUGCAUAUUUCGCGUCUUUCAUGAAGAUUACCGCUCAGGCUUAA